GAACUCUCCGUCAAAGCACCUCCUGGGACAGACGGAUGUCCGUCUGUCAUGCAGCAACUCUCCCUCAAAGCACCUCCUGGGACAGAAGGAUGUCCGUCUGCCAUGCAGGAACUCUCCGUCAAAGCACCUCCUGGGACAGACGGAUGCCCGUCUGUCAUGCAGCAACUCUCCCUCAAAGCACCUCCUGGGACAGACGGAUGUCCGUCUGCCAUGCAGGAACUCUCCCUCAGAGCACCGCCUGGGGCAGACGGAUGCCCGUCUGCCAGGCAGCAACUCUCCCUCAGAGCACCGCCUGGGGCAGACGGAUGCCCGUCUGCCAUGCAGCAACUCUCCCUCAGAGCACCGCCUGGGGCAGACGGAUGCCCGUCUGCCAUGCAGCAACUCUCCCUCAGAGCACCGCCUGGGGCAGACGGAUGCCCGUCUGCCAGGCAGCAACUCUCCGUCAAAGCACCUCCUGGGACAGACGGAUGCCCGUCUCCCAUGCAGCAACUCUCCGUCAAAGCACCGCCUGAGACAGACGGAUGCCCGCCUGCAGCAACGUCUCCCUCAAGCAACCGCCUGGGCUGACGGAUGCCCCGUCUGUCCAGGCAUCACCUCAGCAAAGCACCUCCUAACCUCCGGUACAGACGGAUUCCCUCUGCCAUGCAGCACUCUCCAUCAAAAGCACCUCCUUUGGCGAGACGUAUCCCGUCUGCCAUGCAGCAACUCUCCCUCAGAGCACCGCCUGGGGCAGACGGAUGCCCGUCUGCCAUGCAGCAACUCUCCCUCAAAGCACCUCCUGGGGCAGACGGAUGCCCGUCUGCCAUGCAGCAACUCUCCGUCAAAGCACCUCCUGGGGCAGACGGAUGCCCGUCUGCCAUGCAGCAACUCUCCGUCAAAGCACCUCCUGGGACAGACGGAUGCCCGUCUGCCAUGCAGCAACUCUCCGUCAAAGCACCUCCUGGGACAGACGGAUGCCCGUCUCCCAUGCAGCAACUCUCCGUCAAAGCACCGCCUGAGACAGACGGAUGCCCGUCUCCCAUGCAGGAACCUUCCGUCAAAGCACCGCCUGAGACAGACGGAUGCCCAUCUCCCAUGCAGCAACUCUCCGUCAAAGCACCUCCUGGGAGAGACGGAUGUCCGUCUGCCAUGCAGCAACUCUCCGUCAAGGCACCUCCUGGGAGAGACGGAUGUCCGUCUGCCAUGUAGGAACUCUCCGUCAAAGCACCUCCUGGGAGAGACGGAUGUCCGUCUGCCAUGUAGGAACUCUCCGUCAAGGCACCUCCUGGGAGAGACGGAUGUCCGUCUGCCAUGCAGCAACUCUCCGUCAAAGCACCUCCUGGGAGAGACGGAUGUCCGUCUGCCAUGCAGCAACUCUCCGUCAAAGCACCUCCUGGGAGAGACGGAUGUCCGUCUGCCAU